GGCGCAGACGAUGACGAAUUGAGCGACGAUGAGAUGCCGGGGAAUGACCAGGCAAAAACGAAGGCGCAGUUGUACAAGUACUUUGCUGGCAAGGGGCCAACCCGCAUGAUGUACACGUUUCUGCGGGACCGCGGUUUGCAAGCAGCCGCAAUCAUCAUCGUUGAGGCGACGGCGCCGAUCGAGGACGCCUACGCCAAGAGCUUGAAAACCAUGCAGGGUGGCCCCGUGGAGCAAGGCACAUGGGCAGCCAAGCGAGCAGCAGGAGACUGGUUUCGAACAGUGCAAGACAUCCUCAGAACUCCUUCCAAGUACUCUGUGCUGAAGCGCCUUCGCUUCACCAUGGAAGCAGCCAACCCUGCUGACUCCUUCACAUGGGAAGAGGAAGAGCAAGCGACAGCCGAGCUCCUCGUCAAGUUCAGUCAUGAGCUGGCAGCCCGCUACGCGUGGGCCUUUAUCCCCACAAGCUGCAAUAUGCCACAGGCUUUUGCAGUCUACCUGCUUCCGGACAGUGAGGAGAGAGCACGCUUCGUCAAGCGCUUGAAGGACGACUUGCUGCCGGUCUAUGAGGCCGAGCAGCAUUUCAAGGAGUGCGUGAACAAGGACCUGGUGAAAGCAGCUAAGAUGGAAACGGUCCUCUCGCACGUGGGCUGGUGCUACCAUCAGCUUCCGCGUGAGAUUCUCGGCAGGCUGAUCCAGUGCGACUUUGACCCGCUGAAUGCGGACUGUCGGCAACUCUGUGCCAAGUUGUACCGUGGUAGCGGCACGACCAAGCACUGCCUGGAGGACACGUUUGCGCACCUUCAGGGCAUGUCCCACGCAGCGUCCAACAAUCGAAAAAUGAGUCACUUUGCUAGGCUGUUCUACGCCUCGACUGCUAGGUGCGUGGCCUCCGGCGGCAUACGCACAAUCAUCCCGGACAAGGAAGACUGGGACGCCUACAUGAAGGAGGGUGUGGACUUCGGCCACUUGAAGGAGAUUUUCGACUCAGGCAGUUCGAGCAUGCCAGAGCCCGAGUCUGCAGACAGCGUCUUGGUUCCGAAGCCCGAAGGAAUGCAAGCCGGCGGCUGGAAAGCAGCAGGGCCAGAGUCCAACCAAAGGGGGGCGGCGGCGGUGGCCUACCUGGGUAUGGACCAGACAGACAACUGGAGCCACAUUGACAAGUGCUGGGCAGGCUGCCUUUUGAGCAAGGGCAAAGUCUAUUAUCACACGGAGGACCGCAAGUACUUCCUCUGCUUCGGGUUCAAGACCUAUGCAGCGCUUGGGGUGGAGUGCAAGGUCUAUCAGUCCGGAGAUCAGGUCUUCUUGCUACCAGAUGGUGCUGGCUUCUCGCUGCCAACCUUCUUGUUCAACUAUUCCGUGCAGGAUGACGCGACGCCAUGGCUGCACAUGCCCACGGAGGUAACCCUCCCAUGCCGAUUGCCAGAGGACCUCAUCUUGGGGAUCUAUUUGCGCGUGACAGAGAAGGCCGGCAGAUCCCUGUUGCGCAGUGCGCUGGAACAGGGUGUCUUCCUCACUGUCCCGCAAAUCAAGAGCAUCAUUUUGCAGCUGAAGCUGCCGAAGCUUGGGAAGCGAAAGGACGGCAAGGACCCCAGGAAGGAGGACUACCUCCAGCAGCUGCUCAACCAUGUCUUUGACAAAUCGGAUAAGCACACACCGGCCGACAUUCAAAGUAUGCUGGCCCGCCUCUUGCACGGCAAGAGCGCCAACCCGAAAAGCCGCCCGGACGAGCAGGCGGUGCUAGACAUGUGCCAGCAUUUGGACCCGGAGAACGAAAGGUGUUUUGCCGAUGUGAAGCAGUGGGCACAGGAGAAGCUUCGCAAAAAAGCAGCUCUGGCAGCCAACCUCCAAAAGACCGCCAAGGAGGGACCCCGCUUUCGGCAGCGAUUUGUGGCAUCGCUGCGUCUUCGCGCAGCAGGAAUUCGACCGCAUGGUGCUGGAGCAUCAAGCAAGCCAGCCGCCGCUCCGGCGGGGGCCAACGCCGCUCCAGCAGCUUUUAAUGCCGCGGCUGCAGCAAACCCUGCGCCUCAGCCAGAAGGACCUUUGCCCUUCAAUGAGAAUCCGCCCUCCAACCAGAAGGUCGUUCGCGAGCAUGCCCAGCACCGUGCUGGGGUAACACCUCUGGAAUUCAAGGACCUUCUGCCGGGAAGGGGAGCCAACCACAGUGCUUUCCAGCAGUUCCGGAAUGACAGCCCUGGAAAUUUCUACUACAGGGUGACCUACAAAGUGCGACCCCUGCCCUGA